UGAGAGCACAGACUCCCCUGGCUUUCACUCUGGGCUCCCAUGGACACGGCCCAGGACAGCAAGGGGCGGGGCCCUCCAGGGAGGGCGGGAUGCUGGCACGUGUCCUCGCAGAGCCACUUAGAGCCUGGGAUGGUGCCCGGCCCAGGCAGCCAGCAUUCCUGACUGGGGAGGCGGCCGGCGAGCUUUCAGCACUCCCCACCGGCCCCCUCCGCACCCCAACACCGACUCCUGGGCCUACCGAAGCAAGUUCAUCCACCAGCCAGAGAAAGGCCCAGCAGCAUUCCCGCCCGAGCGCCAGGCUUGCAGUCGCCAGACUGCAACCUCCUUGAGAGCUUGAGCAGCGUCCCACCGCUGGGACCCUCAUCCCUAGCGGAGCAGCUGUGCAGACCUGCAGGUGUGAGUGAAUGCACAGAGGGGCCCCAAGUCCCCCAGUCCUCUGAGACCCCUGAGCAGGACACCUGAGGAGCCGGGAGGUGAUGGCUUCUGUACAGAUAGCAUUUCUUCUUUUCUUUCCCCAAAGAGUUGCUUGUAUACCUCCCCCUUGAUCCUCAUGGCAGUGUGACCAGGGCUGUGGGGAAGCCUGUCAUCUUUCACUGACUGAUGGGCAAAGAGACCGAGGCUCAGAGGGGCGACUUCCCCUCCAUUCUUCUGGGUCCCCUGGAAACUCAUUUCCCUACAAAGCAAACUUCCUGCCAGCAUGACUGCCUCUCACGAGGGGCUGUGGGUCAGAAGCUCACCCACACUGACGUCUGAGAGAAGCCAGGGGUCGGUGCCCAGUCUUGCUGUGGCGGGGUCUCCGUGGCGCCUGGGAGAACCUGGUUUCAUUGUCUGCAGACCAUGAAGGGGAUGGAGGGGCGCGCAGUCAGGGGACCACUGUAUAAGCAGCUGGAUUUGGAGAGGAAGCAUGCCAAGCAGGCCGAAGCCAGGCUGGGGCGACACCUGCAGAGACUGGAGCAAACCCACCUGUACCGCCUGAGGCUGCUGGCCUGGGAACAGAGACAGCUGCACAGGGACCUGCAGAGGCUGCAGCAAGAUAUCAAGAAAAAGCACCCCUCCUAUUUUGGGAAUGGAAUUCAGAAGAGACCAGGACACAUUCCUGAGUGCCCAUCGCAGGGAGGGAAGCAUGGAAUCCCACCGGCCACUCGAGUCAGAGCACUGGCCACCAACACAACCCAAAAAGUACACAAAACCGGGUUCCAGGUGCCUCCUUCCGACCACACUGGCCUCCAGGACCCUGUGAGAAGCAAAGAGCAGUUGCUGUCUCAAAGCUGUGCCACCUCCCACCUCACAGAAGAGAAGCCACCAGACGAAGCCAUGCCCACUGGCCCCGCAGACCUCCCAGCAGGUAGCCAUGGAGUGGCCCACUGUGAGGAGGUCAGGUCAGAAGACACCGGCCUGCAGCUGGACCUCCGUGGUGGGGGACACAUGUCCCUGGGGCCCACGGAGUGUGUGGGAAACCUCAACAGGGAGUCCUCGGUGCCCUCCUUCCUCGAGUUGUUUGCCAAGGCCGCCAAUGCCCAUUACCUACGACACAGGGUGCCCCCCGAGUCUGAGAGGAUGCUCAGCAUUGGGGAGAUAUUCGGGCACGGGGACCCAUCAACCCAGAGCAGGGUAGCAUCUAAGUCACCUCCUCUCUGACCAUCCAGCACCCCUCACCGUAACACUCAAUUUUACUUUAGACCCGUUUUUCCCCUUUCCCUGAAUCCACAAUGCCAGUGUAUGAAAAAUGAGGGGAGAUGAGUCUUCUGAGGACAGGUUAAGUGACGCACCCGUUGCUAAAGUUGUCAAAAUACAAAUCUGCAUUGACCA